AUGGUAAAUACAGAAACUGGCCCGAUAGCUUUAAAUAAAGUCACCAUCCUGUUUAAACGUGCUAGCCGAAUAAAUACUAAACAAGAUGCGUUAUCCUACAUUCCACAAUUUGAGUCAGCUUUAAAUUUUAUAGAGAUACUUGUUACAUGCACUGGAGCGGCAGUAAAUGCGACUGUUUGUGGUCAAACACAAAUAAAUUCAAAUACAAAAAUCUGCUGCGGAAGCCUUCCUCAUGCAAGGUUCAUAGGCGGAUCCGAGUUGGGAUGUUUUCAAGACAAAGUUUUCAACAAAACUGAAAAAGUUACUUGUGGCGAUGGACUGGAACUCAGAUCCAGUGUGGAAGAGAUAUAUACGAAAGACUUCAUCUGUUGUCUUGGCCAGUUUCAUAUAAAGGAGAAUGAUGACAGAUGCUGUCGUGGUGAUAAGGAGCGGUUGUACAAACGCAGAUUGCAAGAGUGUUGCAAUGGUGUCGUGGUCGAUCGCAAGGCUGGUACGGCUCAGGUGUGCCGCGGAACAGAACUGGUGGAUAGGAAUGCCGGAAUACAUAGAUUACGUCAAUGCACAAGACCAAACGGGCAAAAUACCUUAUAUGACUCAAGCAAUUAUGUUUGCUGCACACAAACCGAUACACCUUACAUUCUGAAGGCCGAAGAAUGUUGUGAAAACAAGGUCAUCAACAGAUCCAAGGAGCUGUGUUGCAAAAACAAUAUUGUGACGAAGAUGCAUCCUUCCCACUACAGAUGUUGCAACAUUAACCAUGCAUGGACAACCUACAACGAGUUUGAUCCUCCUAAAGAUACUUGUUACAUGCACUGGAACGGCAGUAAAUGCGACUGUUUGUGGUAUAACACAAAUAAAUGCAAAUACAGAAAUCUGCUGCGGAAGCCUUCCUCAGGAAGGUUCAGAGGCGGACACGAGUUUGGAUGUUUUCAAGAGAAAUUUUCAACAAAACUGAAAAAGUUGCUUGUGGCGAUGGACUGGAACUCAUAACCAGUGUGGAAGAGAUAUACACGAAAGACUUCAUCUGUUGUUUUGGCCAGUUUCAUAUAAAGGAGAAUGAUGACGGAUGCUGUCGUGGUGAUUAGGAGCGGUUUUACAAACGAAGAUUGCAAGAGUGUUGCAAUGGUGUCGUGGUCGAUCGCAAGGUCGGUACGGCUCAGGUGUGUCGCGGAACAGAACUUGUGGAUAGAAAUGCGAGAAUCUAUAGAGUACGUCAAUGCACAGGA